UCAAAGGAUAGCCAUCGAAAUAAACUAGCCACGAAAAACAGGUGACGCAUUUAUCAAUUUUGUUAAUGUCAAAAGUGCAGACAAAGAGUGUGAUUAUUUUGUAAUUUUCCACGUUUUUAUAAAUUUCUGUGUAAAAUGUCUUCGAGAAAAAAGGUACUGCUGAAGGUAAUCAUCCUUGGCGACAGCGGUGUGGGCAAGACUUCGCUCAUGAAUCAGUUUGUCAACAAGAAAUUUUCCAAUCAGUACAAGGCAACAAUAGGCGCAGAUUUUCUUACGAAAGAAGUGAUCGUAGAUGAUCGAAUCGUUACAAUGCAGAUUUGGGAUACUGCUGGCCAAGAGCGAUUCCAGUCCCUAGGAGUGGCGUUUUAUCGUGGGGCGGAUUGUUGCGUCUUAGUAUUUGACGUAACUGCCCCCAACACGUUCAAGUCCUUGGAAAGUUGGAGGGACGAAUUUUUGAUACAAGCCUCACCCCGAGAUCCCGACAACUUCCCAUUCGUGAUUUUGGGUAACAAGGUUGAUCUGGACAAUCGCGCUGUUUCUGCCAAGCGUGCACAACAAUGGUGUCAAAGUAAAAAUGAUAUUCCGUAUUUUGAAACAAGUGCCAAAGAGGCUGUCAAUGUGGAGCUGGCGUUCCAGACCAUAGCUCGAAAUGCUUUGGCCCAAGAGAAGGAAGCAGAGCUUUUCAACGAGUUCCCUGAUCAAAUCAAGCUUAAUGCCAAUGACAAUGGUCGUAACAGGGAUGGUGACAACUGUGCUUGCUAGGCCCUAAGAAAUAUGCUUCAGUGAUGGCAAUUUAUUAGUCUCAGAUUAUAUAAAGUAAACAUACAUUAAAGUAUAAUGAUAUUCUGUAAGUAAUGUUUCCUUUUAUAUCAUGUAAAAAUGUAUAGAAUUAUAAUGUACCACAUUCACAUACUUUAUAUUGGUUUGUUAUGCACUUUUGCAAAUUUGCAAAAAAAAUUGGUUACACUUUUAAAUUGGCUUUUGCCAGCAUUUCAGUUUUCUUUAACAAGUACAACAAUUAUAAUAGUUUGGAUGUUUCUUUGUCAAAAUUCUCAAAUAUGGGUAUAAGUUUCAGUCUCAAAUGUAAUACAACUGACAAAGGAAGUGCUCUAAUUUAAUUCACAAAAAGAACUCACCAGAAUCAACUAAAAAUUGUGUAUUGGGUCAAGGUUACAACAAUGUUCUAGUAACCAGAUCAGUUAUUUGGCAACUAAUGUAAUGUUUGAAAUACACACUGUCUUUUGAUUUUUGUACAAUUCUUGUUAUUAUAAAAAUUUAUAAAAAAGUUAUUAUUAAAAGAAUAUUGUGUAAAACAAGCUUAUUGUUUUAAUUAAAUUAUGUAGAUGGUUCACUAUUACAAUAUUCAACUGUUUGAUAGUGACACACUAUUUUAAUGACAAGUUAUUUCUUAGAUAUGGGUUAUGGAUAGUGUAUUCCAAAAUUUAUGUAAUGCAUGUAUAUUCCUUCUAUGCUCUUUUCAAGGUUAUAUUUCUUUUCCUGCAAAAAAUAUUUUAUAGUAAAUGAAAUUCAGAGUUUCUUACACUGAUAUUAUUUUCUAACUUGCUCUGAUACUUUGACCACUAACUGCAGAAAUAAAAUCUUAGAUAUGAAUUAUUAAGUUGAAGGUUCUAAGAAUAUAAUUUUGUAUAGAUGUAUGAGGAAAUACUAACAUUCAUGAUAUAUACAAUGUGAUAUUAUAAGUUGGAAUCUUUGUUGAAUAUUAUGUCAAUAUGAAUUGUUAUUUGUUCAGUUGUCUGACAGUAUAAAAACUGAAAUAUACAGUAUUGAUGUGGAAAUUCAACUGUUGUGGCUUCAUGACUGUGUUCUGUUUCACCAUAAAUUGGAUUAUGUUUACGGAAAACAGACUAUUUACAUGAGGUUUAUGCAGCAAUAAACAUUUCUGUAUAUAUUUGGAUUUUUAAACAUUAGUUGUAAGUAGUUAAUGGUAACACUAUAUUAUAAAGUAACAUGUUCUUACUCAAUACUAACUUUACAAGUUAUGGGUUUCUGACAACAAGAAUGUUAAAAUACCCGAAACCUACUUACAUAUACAGUAGUAAUAAGAAAAUUAUCCAGUCAUGUCACCUGAAUGUAAACAGUGCUUCAGUUCAUUUUGGUUAACAUAGCUUUUAUAGCAAUGCCUAAUGAAAUUUCCAGCUUUUAGUAAUAGAAAUUGGGUCACAUACAUGCUGUAUGCCUGUUGUUAUUGGUAUUAUGUAAUUUUGCAUCAUAAAGUCCAUCGAAUAUUAAGUAUCUUUAUACAUGAAUACAUUUAACUAAUGUUUUAAUAGUAAGCCUUGCUUAUUAUGUUGAUUAUCCACACGACCUUGCCUAUUAUUUCAAUACUAAAAAAAUUAGUGAUCAAUAUGAUUCUCACGUGUUUUUACAUCGCAUAUUUUUCAAUUAUAUAAUUAUAGUGUAUUUAAAUUACCUAAAACAAAAUAUAAAUUAAGAUCUAGUUUUAAUGGAAGGUAACAAACGAUGUACGCUGUAAUAAUGGUUGCUUUUAAUUUUAUAUUAAUAAACUUUAAAAAUCA